GACUUAGGUCCCAGAAUUGUGAGAAACGCCUCUGCAUGACGUUGGUGUCGCUUGACAAGAGUACGUUUUGGGCAGCUAUCGACGCUGGCAUCUGCACAACGGAUGCAACUUGGUACCUUCAGCUGUUCUAGAAGAGGGAGCAGAGGCACCGCCUUGGAUGAAUUGCCGUUGGCCAUUGAGAUCGAAUCUCUGAUACCUGAGGACGCUGCUGGAAAGAGGAAGAUGCGUGCAUCAAACGGCAUCAAAGCGCCCUGGAGUGUGAUUCUCAGGUUUUAUAUUGUGGACUACGUUGUGCUUCUUGGCCUCACAGUUGCGCUGAUUAUUUCGGAGACCUCAGUACCUUACUCUAGAUUCAUUUUCCAUAGGGACGACUCGGAAUUUUGGAGGUACAGUUACCCGCUGCACAAAGACAGCGUCCCCUCUUGGAGUGUGCCAGUCAUUUCUCUGUGUGGGCCGGCCGCAGUCUUUAUAGCGUACUUCCACAUCGCGGACACCCCGCGGCUGGAGGUGCACAAUGCGGUGCUCAAUGGCCUUAUGUGCGUCAUCACCACUGCGCUCAUCACCAACCUCGUCAAACUUGGGGUGGGCCGUCCCAGGCCGAACUUCAUGAUGCAGUGCUGGCCGGACGGCCUUGUCAAGUGGAAUGAGGACUCGGGGGAGGCGCUCUGCAGCACCAAUGCCAUCGAUCCAGCAGAGGGCCGGAAGAGCUUCCCCAGCGGGCAUACAUCGUGGAGCACGUCGGGGCUGGGGUACUUGACGUUUUGGCUGGCGGGGAAAUUGAGGAUCUAUGACGGCAGCGGCCACUCCUGGCGGCUGCCGGCAUCGCUGGUGCCCCUUGGUGGCGCCGUCUGGAUCGGCAUCACCCGCCUGCAGGAUUACUGGCACCACUGGGAGGAUGUCACGGCGGGCUUUCUAUUGGGGCUGGGUCUGGCGUAUGCAUUCUACCGCCUGAGCUAUCCGUCCAUAUCCAGCCAGAAGGCAGGGGAGCCCAUACUACCACUGCUGGAGGCUGGCAGCAAUGCAGAGGGAACGCCCCAGAGAGUGCGCUACAAUGACCUGGAGGCCGCCACGUCAGCAGAGCCCCAGCAGCUCUGACCCAGGCAGCCGCUGUCACCGCAAUAGCACGGGGGACCAGAGACCUAAUCAUUUGGCUUCACCAUUGGCUGUGAGCCUCUGAGAUAUUGGACAUUAAGUUUGGGUGAGCUCUGACAUAAAGUGGCACCUAGCACUCUGACAGCGAAGAGCUGAGUUUAUGGGUUUUACAUAAUUUGAACAGCAUUUGUGAGAGAGUUGAUGUAUUGCUACACGUUCCCUGGAGCAUUCACCUCCGUUGCUGCAAGCACAAUAUACAUAUCCAUUCGAUCAGCCUCACUGAGGCUGAUCGAAUCAAUAUUACAUCAGUUUUACAUGGUCGGCAGCCUGGCAGGUAUGCCAUGGCCAUGGCCGGCCGGCGCCGUGGCUCUACUGCUGGCAGCCUCUGCAGCUGAGGCUGAGUCAGGCUGUGGAAAGUUGGGUCAAUUCAAGACUUAAGGAGCAGCAGAGGAAUGUAUUGUGCAACUCCUGUGGAAUUUCUGAAGCUUUUCCUUC